UUUGCAUAAAUUGAAUCGAUAUUAGAAUUACAUCACAUUAAAGUACCUUUUUUUUCUUUCUUAUUCUUGUUCUUCUUGGUCGUCUUCUACAUUACCGAAUCUUAACAAGAUAGUUGCCAGGUCUAUUUCUUAAAAGAAAAUUACCAUUGAAGAAAACACACCUUUUAAUGUCUAAUUCAAGGAAACCAAUAUUAUCUGUGAAAUUUUUUAUACAAGAUCCUAUUAAUCAUGAUCAUAUAGUUUAUCGAUGGAUGACACCUAUAUCAGUACGUCAUUUAGAUUGGGAUAAAGUCAUUGAAAAAUUACAUUGUGUAACUUCUAAAAAAUAUUCAGGAUUUGAAAUGACAUGGUAUGAUGGCUUUCAUCAUUGUGUAUUGACUAAUACAAAAGAUUUACGUAAAGCAGUUGAAUUAAUGCAAAAUCGUCGAACUGAAGAUAAUUGUGUAAGACUUCAUGUUAGAGCAAUACCAAAAUUAUUACGACCAGAAUGUCGUUCACAGAUUACUAAUGAUACAGAAUUUUCAGGUCAGUAUUUACCUAGUUAUUUAGAAGCAAUUGGUCUACAGCCUUUUAUACACAGCGAUUUCACUGAUAAUGAAAAACAAUUCCUUAAACAAGAUCCAAUGACAAAAGAUGAAUAUCGUUGGUAAUGAAAGUAAAAUAGAUCUAUAUAUGAAGAUUCGAAACUCCAUUGAGAAUAAUCAUAUGAACGUAAACUGUAAACUAUUUUGGAAGAUCAUUGAACAAUAAUCUUUCAUAUAUACAUAUAUAUAUUUUUUCAUGGUCCUUGUUUACAUAACAUAUUACCCCCGGUAACUAUAAUAAUCACUACAUUCUAUAUCACAGAUACUAUUCAGUCAAAGAAAUCAAUCAUUCACUUACUUAUAGAUGAGUUACAAUUUAGGUUUUACAAAAGAACACAACACUUUUCUUUUCAUUUAUCAAAUUAAUAUAAAUCACUCAACAUUUAUAGACAUUGAAACAUUAUGGCAAGUUGCCAAGUGUUUUUUUCUCUUCAAAUAUAUAGUUAUUUUUA